AUGAAAACACCUUGUCUAACAUCAUCAACGACUGUUAUGACAACAAAAAAUGAAACAUUAAAUCUAUUUGAUUCAUAUCGUCGUUCGACAUCAGUAAUGAAAAUACUAACAACAGCUACAACAAUACCAGCAUAUAUUUUAACAACAACCACAUCAAUUUUCAUCGACUACUCUUGCCAUAAUGUAUCUGCUGUUGAAUUACUUAUUGUUAAUGAUAAAAUUAAACUUAUGGAAUUAAAUAAAAAACUUGAUUGA